CCCCAAGCAAAGCAUGAACAGUUGUUAAGUGGAAAAUGGAGGCUGAAUUUUACGUGGUGAUUCUUACCUGCUUGAUCCUCGGGAACUCAGAAGGGUUUCAGAUUGUUCAUGUCCAGAAACAACAGUGCCUUUUCAAAAGUAAGAUAGCAGCCGUGGGCUUCUGCGAUGGGACCAGCCAAAACCAGCAGUGGAUGUGGACCGAAGAGGGAAAGCUCCUUCAUGUUAAAUCUGCCCUGUGCCUGGGCGUCUCCAGUUCCUCUAGGGGCCCUUCUCGUCCAGUCAUCUUCACCCCCUGCUCCCAGGCACCCCGAUGGACCUGCUAUGAGCAGGAAGGGUUCCUGGAGGUGGAGAAUGCCUCUCUCUUUCUCAAGAAACAAGGCUCCAGGGUAGUGGUCAAGAAGGACAGGAAAUACCUCCAUAGCUGGAUGAAAAUAGAUGUCAACGAGAAGGGAAAGCCGGUCAAUGAAAGCCUCUGCCCAAAAAAAGCUCGGCUGGGUGCUGAAGUUUCCGUUGGAAGCACUAGAAACACCCCUCCCCCUCAAAUCCCGCGUACGUUUCGUGCAAUUACAUAUAGUCCAGAAACCCUUAUUAGGAACACCACCGAGACCUUCACCAGGACCACGACAGAAAACUACAGCCACAGCAGCAGCAAGAGGCAGAACCCCUAUCUGCAGAUGACUGGAAUUGCAGAGGCACCAUGGGUUCCAAAUACCACUCCGCUCUUCUCCAGCACCACUGCAGAGACAGGAUUGGCAGAGCCAGUGAGAUGCAACUUCACCCUGAAGGAACCCAGGGUCUCCAGCCGGUCUGUUGCUCUCCAGUGGAAAACUUUGGGGUCACCUUGUAACUUUAGCCUCAUCUAUAAUUAUAAUACCUCAGAGGUCGUGUGGUGCCACCCCACGCAGAUAGACAACACCACCUAUGAAAUUACUCUCAAGGAUUUACAAGCAGGAACCAUCUAUAACUUCAGAAUUGUGUCUCUGGAUGGAGAAGAAAGAACUGUGGUCUUGCAAACAGAUCCUUUGCCUCCUGAUAGGUUUGAAGUCAACAAAGAGAAGGCUACGUCAACCAGCUUGCAUGUUUGGUGGACUCCUUCUUCUGGAAAAGUCACCUGGUAUGAGGUGCAGUUAUUUGAUGAUAAUAACCAAAAGAUACAGGGGGUUCAAGUUCAAGAAAAUUCCUCAUGGAAAGAAUAUACCUUUUUAAACCUGACUGCUGGUAGUAAAUACAAUUUUGCCAUCACAGCUGUUUCUGGCGAUAAACGUUCGUCUACAGUUUAUACCAAUGGAUCAACAGUGCCAUCCCCAGUGAAAGAUAUUGGUAUUUCCACGGACACUAAUUCUCUCCUGAUUUCCUGGUCCCAUGGCUCUGGGAAUGUGGAGCAAUACCGGCUGACAUUAAUGGAUAAAGGGAUCCUAGUUCAUGGCAGCAUCAUGGACAAACAUGCUACUUCCUACACCUUUCAGGGGCUGACACCUGGUCACCUCUACAACCUCACCAUUGUGACUGAGGCUGCAGGGCUGCAAAACUACAGAUCAAAACUCGUCCGGACAGCCCCCAGAGAAGUCUCGAAUUUGAGGGUGACAAAUGAUGGCAGUUUGACCUCUCUAAAAGUCAAGUGGCAAAGACCUGCUGGAGAUGUAGAUUCCUACAACAUUACCUUGUCUCACCAAGGGAUCAUCAAGGAAUCCAGAACAUUAGCACCCCAAGUUACUGAAACUCACUUUAAAGACUUAAUUCCUGGACGACUUUAUCAAGUUACCAUCACCUGUAUCUCGGGUGACUUGUCUGCUCAGAAGAUGGCAGUGGGCAGAACAGUUCCAGAGAAAGUUGGCAACCUGGAAGCAAAUAGCAACAGUCUGGUGAAAUCCCUUGCGGUGAGCUGGUCGCCCCCUACUGGAGACUGGGAACAGUAUCGUAUUGUACUCUUCAAUGAUUCUUUGGUGCUGCUCAACAUCACUGUGGGGAAGGAGGAAACACAAUAUGUCGUGAAUGACGUAGAGCUCAUACCGGGAAGAGAGUACGAGGUAGAGGUCACUGUUGAGAGUGGAAACCUGAAGAAUUCUGAGCGUUGCCAAGGCAGGACAGUCCCCCUGGCUGUCCUCCAGCUUCGUGUCAAACAUGCCAAUGAAACCUCACUGAGCAUCAUGUGGCAGACCCCUGUAGCAGAAUGGGAAAACUACAUCAUUUCACUAGCUGACAGAGACCUCUUACUGAUCCACAAGUCACUCUCCAGAGAUGCCAAAGAAUUCACUUUUACUGACCUGGUGCCUGGACGAAUAUACAUGGCCACAGUCACCAGUAUUAGUGGAGACUUAAAAAAUUCAUCUUCAGUAAAAGGAAGAACAGUGCCUGCCCAAGUGACUGGCUUGCAUGUUGCCAACCAGGGGACAACCAGCAGUCUGUUUACUAACUGGAUCCCAGCUCUGGGAGACGCAGACUUCUACCAAGUCUUACUAAUCCAUGAAAACGUGGUCAUCAAAAAUGAAAGUGUCUCCAGUGAGACCAGCAGAUACAGCUUCUACUCCCUCAAACCAGGCAGCCUCUACUCUGUGGUGGUAACGACAGUGAGUGAAGGGAUCUCUUCCAGACAAGUGGUAGCAGAGGGAAGGACAGUCCCUUCCAGUGUGAGUGGAGUAACGGUGAACAACUCUGGCCGGAAUGACUACCUCAGUGUCUCCUGGCUGCCGGCACCUGGGGAUGUGGAUAGCUAUGUGGUGACGCUCUCUCACGACAAGAUGGUUCAGACACUCGUUGUUGCAAAGUCUGUCAGCGAAUGCUCCUUCAGCUCCCUCACCCCUGGCCGCCUCUACAAUGUGACCAUAACUACAAAGAGUGGCAAGUAUGAAAAUCACUCCUUCAGCCAGGAGCGGACAGUGCCUGGCAAGGUGCAGGGAGUCAGUAUUAGCAACUCGGCCAGGAGUGACUAUUUAAAGGUAUCCUGGGUGCAUGCCACUGGAGACUUUGAUCACUAUGAAGUCACCAUCAAAAACCAAAACAACUUCAUUCAAACCAAAAGCAUUCCCAAAUCUGAAAACGAGUGUGUAUUUGUUAAGCUUGUGGCUGGACGAUUGUACAGCAUCACUGUUAGUACAAAAAGUGGACAAUAUGAAGCCAGUGAGCAAGGGAAUGGGAGAACAAUCCCAGAGCCUGUUAAGGAUUUAAUAUUGCAGAAUAGAAGCACAGAGGACCUGUAUGUGACUUGGUCACGAGCCGCUGGGGACGUUGACCAGUAUGAGAUCCAGCUGCUCUUCAAUGACAUGAAAGUAUUUCCUCCUUUUCACCUUGUAAAUACUGCAACUGAAUAUCGAUUCACAUCCCUAACACCAGGGCGCCAGUAUAAAAUUCUUGUCUUGACCAUCAGUGGAGAUGUACAACAGUCAGCCUUCAUUGAGGGCUUAACGGUACCUAGCACUGUCAAAAAUGUUCACAUUUCUCCCAAUGGGGCAACAGACAGCCUGACAGUGAACUGGACACCUGGUGCGGGAGAUGUUGAUUCCUACUAUGUGUCAGCACUCAGGCAGAAUCAAAUAAUUGAUUCUCGGAAUAUCCCCAAGCACAUCUAUGAACACACGUUCCACGGACUGGAGGCAGGGGAACGCUACCAGAUCGUGAUUGCCUCUGUCAGCGGGUCCCUGAAGAACCAGAUAGAUGCACAUGGGCAGACAGUUCCAGCAUCUGUUCAGGGAAUAAUUGCAGACAAUGUAUACAGCAGUCAUUCCUUAGUAGUAAGUUGGCAAAAAGCUGUUGGCAUAGCAGAAAGAUAUGAUAUUCUGCUUUUAAGUGAAGAUGGGAUCCUUCUGAGCAACAAAUCAGAGCCAGCCAUCACUAAGCAGCACAAAUUUGAAAAUCUAACACCAGGAAGGAAAUACAAGAUAUGGAUCCUAACUGUCAGUGGAAGCCUCUUUAGCAAAGAAGCCCAAACUGAAGGCCGAACAGUGCCAGCAUCUGUCAGCAAUCUGAGGAUCACAGAGAAUUCCACGAGACACCUGUCCUUCAGCUGGACUGCCUCUGAGGGGGAGCUCAACUGGUAUAACAUCUUUCUGUACAACCCAGAUCGAACUCUUCAGGAGAGAGCUCAAGUUGACCCACAGGUUCAGAGCUUCUCUUUCCAGAACUUGCUACAAGGCCGAAUGUACAAAAUGGUGAUCGUAACUCACAGUGGAGAGCUGUCUAAUGAGUCUUUCAUAUUUGGCAGAACAGUCCCAGCUUCCGUGAGUAAUCUCAAGGGAUCCAAUCAGAACAUGACAGACAGCCUCUGGUUCCGCUGGAGUCCGGCCUCUGGGGACCUUGACUUUUAUGAGCUGAUUCUCUAUAACCCCAAUGGUACAAAGAAGGAAAACUGGAAAGACAAGGACCUGACCGAGUGGAGUUUUCAUGGCCUCGUUCCAGGAAGGAAGUACACGCUGUGUGUGGUAACUCACAGUGGGGAUCUCACCAAUAAGGUCACAGUGGAGAGCAGGACAGCCCCAAGUCCUCCCAGUUUUAUGUCAUUUGCUGAUGUUGCAAACACAUCCCUGUCCAUCACCUGGAAGAUGCCCCCAGACUGGACAGACUUUGACGACUUUGAGCUGCAAUGGUUCCCGAGAGACGCGCUCACUGUCGUCAACCCCUACGGCAACAGAAAAUCAGAUGGACGCCUCAUGUCUGGUCUUCGUCCAGGGAGAUCCUACCAAUUCAGUGUCAAGACUGUCAGCGGCGAUUCUUGGAAAACCUACAGCAAACCAAUUUUUGGAUCUGUGAGGACAAAGCCAGAUAAGAUACAAAACCUGCAUUGCCGUCCUCAGAACUCAACCGCCAUUGCCUGUUCCUGGAUCCCACCUGAUUCUGACUUUGAUGGGUAUAGCAUUGAAUGCCGGAAAAUGGACACCCGAGAAGUUGAGUUUUCCAGAAAGCUGGAGAAAGAAAAAUCUCUCCUCAACAUCAUGAUGCUAGUGCCCCAUAAGAGAUACCUGGUGUCCAUCAAGGUGCAGUCGGCAGGCAUGACUAGUGAGGUGGUUGAAGACAGCACCAUCACCAUGAUAGACCGCCCCCCUCCUCCACCUCCACAUAUUCGUGUGAAUAAAAAGGAUGUGCUGAUUAGCAAAUCUUCCAUCAACUUUACUUUCAACUGCAGCUGGUUCAGCGAUACCAAUGGAGCUGUGAAAUACUUCACGGUGGUGGUGCAAGAAGCUGAUGGCAGUGAUGAGUUGAAGCCAGAACAACAGCAUCCGCUGCCUUCCUACCUGGAAUACAGGCACAAUGCCUCCAUUCGAAUGUAUCAGACCAACUAUUUUGUAAGCAAGUGUGCGGAAAGUCCUGACAGCAACUCCAAGAGUUUUAACAUUAAGCUUGGAGCAGAGAUGGAGAGCCUGGGCGGAAAAUGCGAUCCCAAUCAGCAAAAAUUUUGUGAUGGCCCACUGAAGCCGCGGACUGCCUACAGAAUCAGCAUCCGGGCUUUCACACAGCUGUUUGAUGAGGACCUGAAGGAAUUCACAAAGCCACUCUAUUCAGACACAUUUUUCUCUUUGCCUAUCACCACUGAGUCAGAGCCCUUGUUUGGAGUUAUCGAAGGUGUCAGUGCUGGUCUGUUCUUAAUUGGCAUGCUGGUGGCUGUUGUUGCCUUAUUCAUCUGUAGACGGAAAGUGAGCCACGGUCGAGACAGGCCCUCUGCCCGCUUGAGUAUUCGCCGGGAUCGACCAUUAUCUGUCCACUUGAAUCUGGGCCAGAAAGGUAAUCGGAAAACUUCUUGCCCAAUAAAAGUAAAUCAGUUUGAAGGGCACUUCAUGAAGCUACAGGCUGACUCCAACUACCUGCUGUCCAAGGAAUACGAGGACUUAAAAGACGUGGGUAGAAACCAAUCAUGUGACAUUGCACUCUUGCCGGAGAAUAGAGGGAAAAAUCGAUACAACAAUAUAUUGCCCUAUGAUGCCACACGUGUAAAGCUGUCCAAUGUAGAUGAUGAUCCAUGCUCCGACUACAUCAAUGCCAGCUACAUCCCUGGCAACAGCUUUAGAAGAGAAUACAUCGCUACUCAGGGACCGCUUCCUGGCACCAAGGAUGACUUCUGGAAAAUGACGUGGGAACAAAAUGUUCAUAACAUCGUCAUGGUGACCCAGUGUGUUGAGAAGGGCCGGGUGAAGUGUGACCAUUACUGGCCAGCAGACCAGGAUUCCCUCUACUACGGGGACCUCAUUCUGCAGAUGGUCUCAGAGUCUGUGCUGCCCGAGUGGACCAUCAGGGAGUUUAAGAUAUGCAGUGAGGAACAGAUCGAUGCACACAGACUCAUCCGCCAGUUUCACUAUACGGUGUGGCCAGACCAUGGAGUCCCAGAAACCACCCAGUCCCUGAUCCAGUUUGUGAGAACUGUCAGGGACUACGUCAACAGAAGCCAUGGUGCUGGGCCCACUGUGGUGCACUGCAGUGCUGGUGUGGGUAGGACUGGAACAUUUAUUGCACUGGACAGAAUCCUCCAGCAAUUAGAUUCCAGAGACUCUGUGGACAUUUAUGGAGCAGUGCAUGACCUAAGACUUCACAGGGUCCACAUGGUCCAGACCGAGUGUCAGUAUGUGUAUCUACAUCAGUGUGUGAGAGAUGUCCUCAGAGCACGGAAGCUACGGAGUGAACAAGAAAAUCCCUUAUUUCCAAUCUACGAAAAUGUGAAUCCAGAGUAUCAUAGAGAUGCAGUCUAUUCAAGGCGUUAAGAAUGUAACCAAAGAUCUGGAUAAAAACUACUCACUGUGUGAUUUUUUUAAAAAACUUGCUUCAUGCCCUAGAGAGGUGCCAGCUACUUCUGUCGAUACUAUGUAUAAUUUAUUAAUCUGGAAAUUUUUAAAGAAUUUAUGUAAUUUAAAGGUAACAGAUAUUGUACAUAGCUGUAUUUUGUAGUUUCUUCUGUAAAUAUAUAUUUUUCAUAAUGUUUAAUAUUAAGCUUUAUAUAAUACUAUUUUUCCACACUAAAGUGUUCAUGGAUUGAUCUACAUAAACUAAUAGCCUGUAUGACAGGACUACUGGUAAAAUGUGUAUGGUGGUGGUUGCAGAGGCAAUCCUUUGGGCCAUGUUUUUCUUUGCCUGUUUUGAUAUUCAGUGGACAGGAUGACGAACUGGGCUGGAGUGAGAGUACAGUGUGGCUGGCUUUGCUGCAUUGCUCUCCUAUGAAUUUGGGGAUCCAAAGAUGAUCCACAUGCUGUUUGGAUGAAUAAGCAGCAUCAAGGCCAAGCUAGGGAGUUGUGCUCAAAGUAGUUACUCUUUCCCUCCCCCCUGCCAAGGGUUCAGGACAAAGUGGUCAGCUCAGUGGUUGUGUAACUUGCUAUGCAAGCCCAAGCUACAGGGUUGAGGGUUCUGAUAGAAUAUGAUCCAAAAAGAAGUGAUGAAUUCCUACUAUUAAGAAGGUCAGCUCUACCCCGACUGAAAACACAAUCAGCAUGCAAAGCACCAUUCAUAGGACUUGGAGACUGUUUCACUGUAUUCAUAGUGUAGAAUAUGAACAUGCAUACCCAUUUUAUAAAGUGUGUGUUGGUUUUUGUACACACAACAGUCUUCAUCUUAUUUCCCAUGAGAUCCAUUCCUGGAAAAGCCAUAAUUAUGUCAGUCAUACUUGGUUCUCCCAUUAAAAUAAGAUUAUGGUGACAGUUUAUGCUCCUGAUCAAAGGACCUAAUACCAACAUUUUUUUUUUAUAGAAAUGACCACAAAUUACAUAUACUUGAUUAAAAAAAAAAGUACAAUGGUGCUUAGUAUAAAAUUUUCCAAAAGAAUUUUUAGUAAAUCAAUGAGGUUAUAAUGGUAAAUAGUCAUCUAAUAUGGUGUUUAAUACAAUAAGCACUACAUACUCCACCACAUGUAUCUUCAAAUUUGUGCCUUAUUUUGACUAUAACAAAUUUCAGUGAGUCAGAAAGUGGGCAUUGCCUUCAUCAAAGAUCCUUUUCUGAGGGCCCUCCUGGGGAAAAUUUGAAAGUCGUCUCUAUUGAAUCCUCAGGACUACCUGAGAAAAUGAGCCAGGAAUAUCUGCUUUUUCUCCUCACUACAUAUUCUUCUGUAAUAAACUUAGGAAUUAGAGGUCAAAUUUUUUGCUUUCACUUCUUCAUUUGCAAACAUUUCUUUUAAGUCUAUUAGGCAAUAUAAUGUAUAUAAUUAGCAUAGUAACUGAAAAACAUUAAAUACACCUAAAAUAGUUACUUAUAGUCAUGUACAUCUACACCCAAACUGGAAAAAUUUCCCAGGCUAUUUGAAGUUUAUAAAAAUGGGGGGGGGGGACUCGAUAAGAGUGAAGGUGAAGAGUAAUAAGAGGAUUCUAAGUUUUCACAGUUUCAUUGUGCUCAACACCCUUGCGAAAUGACAGUGUUAAGCUUCAAUUCUCUAUCAGGGAACUAGGUGGAUCUUCCAGAAGUGAAAAGGAAAAACAUAAGUGUAAGUGAGGCAGAUGGACUAAAAGAGAGAAAAUAUAGGAUAGAGAUUUGUGAGGUAUGGCAUCUAUUAGGAAUAACUUUUCCUACAAUAAAAAGAAAAAGCAGAACAAAAACAAAACAACUUUAAACUAAUGCAGCUCAGUGCAAAGCACAUUAAUGCAUAGGAUGAUAAAUUCAUUUUGUCGUUUCAUUCUCUUAGAACACUUUAGUAAAUGUUGCAACUUGCUAGAUUCUUUGCCAGAAACUGUGCAUUUCUACUCACAUAAAGAGACAGUCUCACAAUAAUAAAGUAAAUAAAUUAAACUUAAAAGAGGGAUUCAUCAAGGUAGCAAGAUAACUGAGCCAGUAUGGGACAGUGGCAGCUCUCCAUAGGCCACACACUGGCAAGUGUUGAUGCCACUUCCUCUCUAGAAGAGAGAGAGCAAUUAAUUGCACAAACCAGGAAUUUAAACCGUGAUACACAUACGCAUCUGUACCAGUAAAUAACACUCACAUACCCUCACAAUGUAUGGAUUGGAAUCAGGGUCAAGGAAAUGGAUGUGCCAAGGGAAAAUGUACAUUCUUUUUGUCUAAUUUAGGAAAUAUUUAUUUCUACCCUACAUUUGUCUAAUUUAAAUCUCCUUAGCAACAAGUAUUUUACAAUUUCCCCUGAGAGUACUAAAAACAUAAUCUAGUCUAUUUAUUUAUUAAAUUUAGGGGGAAAAAAGUUUCCCUGACAUUCAGCCCAAUGGAGCAUAUUUUGAUUUAAUCCCAUCAUGUGUUAUGUCUUGAUAAACACUGCAUUUCCUGUCUUGGCAGGCCUCUUGUCUGUGCACCUGUGCGGUACACUUAAAUCAUCAAGGCAUCGGAGUGCUUUUGAGAUGUCAAAUGUUGGGAGAGUCCCAUCUUGCAUCUUAAUAAUUAUUUAUACAAGUUCUUUAUAAUUAACUCCUUUAAUGUCUUUUAAUGAAAUUCAUUUCUUAUUAUGAUUAUGUUAUUCUCUGGAUAGUGGCCAAUUUCUCCAGCUCUUGAAUCGGGUAUUUCAAAGACUUGCCUCCCUGUCAUGACUUGCACAUAGUUGUCAAAGUAACUAACCAUCCCUUAACACUUCUGAGUCCCUCUGUUUCACUACUUGCCCCUCUUCUCCCUAUUGAAUAUGCUUUCCCAGUUGAAUGUGAUUUUAUUUUCUGUUCACCUCAUCUCCUUAUACCCAUUGGUAUAAUUUCAUAGUCUUUUCUGGCCCCACAAUACACAAGUGAUGACCAUAAUUAAAUACUAAAAUGGCCACGGCACACAGACAUUUUGGGUGUAAAUUUCCUUGGGAGAGUCUUUAAUUAAUUUUAUUAUUAGCUCUUGGAAGACAGCCAAAAAUGACAUGAGAAAAUAAUAUGCAACCAUUAAGCAGAUUUCCAGCAAUUCAAAAAUAGACCUCACACUUUCCAUUUCACAUUCUGAUUCUCUUCCCCUGGUGUUUAAGGAUCCAGUUUUUUAUAUUAAACACUCUCCUUUCUUUUUGCAAUAAACUCUUCGCCAUAUACUAAAUUCUCAUUCACGUACCUUUCUGGGAAUUCUCUGAGGUUAGAGUCCUAAAAUCAUAAACCUGCCACAUCUGUCUGACAGUGAGUAAUAGGAUUUGAGCCUUAAUUAUGAGUUGCAAUUAGAAAGGGCUCUAAUUCACACAUGCGACCAGACCAAACCUGACCUGGUGAAAACAAUAUGUAAUAAGCUGCUUGUUUGGGGUAGUGGUUCAAGCGCUUUCCUGAUUCCAUUUCAUUGAGGAAAUUUAAGUAAUUGAUCAACCAAGACCAAGUGGCAAGAAGGAAUGAUUGAUCCUUCCCAGAGUUACAGUGAACAAACCCUCAAUCCUACCUCAUUCCUGAAGAAUCAAAGGCCGUUUCAGCCCAAAUGCCCUGUUAAGUUUCUAAGUAUUUGUUACCCAAGGUUUAGAAUCACAGCAAGGAUUCAAAGAAUGCUUCAUAUUGAAGGAAAAACUGUAAACCAUGACUGUAGAAAGUAAAGGGAAAAUGUUUGAAAGAGGGAAUCUAACCAGAAGGCCACCAAGAAGAGAAAAAAUAGCAUCCGUUCUGUGUGUCCAGAUUGUUCUUUGAAAAUACUGUCAUAGGUUUCUAUUAGGAUGUAUUGCCCUUUGGGGGAUUCACUCAGACUACAUUGACCAGACAAGUUAGCCGAUCAAGCAAUUGAAUAGAUUCAUUUAGUUUAGUAAAUUCUCCAGGUGUUGAGUAACUUUAUGGAGUUUGGCAUUCUGGAGACACAGCCUUAGAAUUCUCAUAGUGGAUGGUGCCUUUGAAAAUUUUUGGCCAUUUUAGUUAAAUUGCAGGGUAAUGUUUGAUGCAGCUAUGGUAAUAGAAAAAAUCUGUUCUGUUCUAAAAAUGCUUCUAGCAAUGGAAAUAUUUCUGGCUAAAAGAAUACUCUUGUCUUGUAGGGAGUUUCCCUGGGACAACGUAUGCAACAAAAAGGCAUUUUAUUUUUUGAAAGGUUCUCUAUAUAGAUGCAUUCAUUAAAUAAGGUAAUUGUUGGUGAAUGCUCCUAAGAUAGGGGUUUACUUAAUAAAAGGUCCAUUAACAGUUCUCCCAAAGGUUAUUUUUAUUACCCAUACACCAAUGCCCAUGAUUUUAUAUCAUAUGAUACCAAAAUAAGUUGUGCAAAACUGUGAAUAAUGUCAGACGAAUGCAGUGUGUUCCUUCCAGAAUGCUUGCAAGAAGAAUUAGUCAUGGCUGUUUUCUCUCAAGUAAUUUCUUUAAGAAAUACUAUCCUUACCCUAAGAGCAAGCUUUCCGUUAAGUCUGAGAUGUUGUGUUUUAACAGCUGUGUGUGUAGAUAAGCAUCCCAUCAAGCAAGGAGCAUGUGCAUUUGUGGCUUUGGGAGUCUGAAGCAGAGUAGGACAGUGUUCUGUCCACAAGCUAAUGGGACAGUCUGCACUUGUCUUCGUGGAAUUUCCUAGUCUCAGUUCAAUUGACGAGACAGUGCAUCAAUGUUCUUACUUGACGAGUACUUGAAGACCUCUGGUCUUCCAUGUGGGACUCACCAGGCUUGUAAGUUUAUCAAGGACAAGGACCAUGUUUUUAAUCUCUUUUCUACUGAUACCUUGUGGAGAUGAGUGCACAGUUCAAGACAUUCAAAAUACACUUUUUGAGUGGAGAUUGUUCCUAGCCUGAUACUUUGGAGGUUAAGGAGUCGGUGCCCAAUGAUAGUGUUACCCAUGGAGGUUCAUUGACUGUUCCUUAAUUUGUGUGAAGCUUAAAUAAAUAAUGUAAAUAAAUCCAGCAACUGAACUUAUGUUCUAUAAUAGAGCACUUUUAUGUUUUAUAAUAUCAUUUAUUCUUUCUCUGCAAAUCUGGUUAUUUAAAAUGGCAGUAAAUAAUUCUAUUUCUUUCAUACUAUAGGAUCUACCUUCAAUAUUAGUGUUUCUAACCAACUCUGAACAGAGAACUUCAUAAGUCCUUCUAUUUAAAUUAUGUAUUUGGUUAAUAUAUUUUCAUAUCGUAAUCAUGGUCAAAAAAAUCUAUACAAUAUCUUACACACCUUCUCACCAGUACAGGAAUAAAACUGCUGUUUGUUGA